AUGAGGGAUUGGAUAGGCGUUGAGGAAUUACUAAAUUACAACAGACUAUUUGAACAAAAAUAUCAUAAACAAUUUACAGUUAACCCAGAUGUGACAGUCACUGCUGAACCAGAGCCGGAGCCAGUAGCUGAAGGAGGCCCUGGCAAUUUACUGCCGCUGUACAUCAUUAUUCCUAUAGCCGUUAUUGUGAUAGCCAUUGUAUUAGUUCUGCUUAUCAUCAGAAUGAGAAGGAAGAAAAGGAACAGAGAGCUGAAAUCAAAGUGGUCAAUGAAAACAUCACAAGGCAAAAUGAACAAAAAGAGAAAGAAUUCAUUGACGGAAGGAUCUCAUCUGUGUCAUGAGAAUGUUGGAAUGUACGAUAUUACGGCAGAAGAUAAUAACCCAGCCAAUAAGAAAGAUCGUCCAACUACGAAACAGAAGCCAUUUAAGAGAAAUGCAAAUCCAAAUUUUUCUAACAAUCUGAAUGCUACGGUAUCCCUAGAUAAUGUUUUAGCUGAUAUCGACACAUUCGCCAAUGACACUUUUAAAACUGAUAACAAAAAGUCUUCAGCGUUUGACAGUGAUUCAACGAAGCAGCUUAUGGACAAAGACGGAGAAACGUCUACAAAGAAAGUUGUAGAUGACGGCAAACCUGCGCCUCAAGCAGAUGUCACGGCUCAUGAUGCCGAUAAGGCGGACAACGAGUAUGCUAGAAUAAAUAAAGUCCGUAAAGUGUCAGCACCUAAGAUAGACAGCGAUGGACAAAUGUAUGACAAACUUGGUGACGAAAAGAAAGACAAAAACGUUAAUGGUCUAGACCCAAACUAUGACAGGGUGAAACUUGACGGUGAAUCGUACAAUACAACUUCGAAACCGAUGACCGUUCCUGACAGAGAUAAAUUGUAUGAUGGAUUGUCUCGGUUCUAAUUAUGAACAGAAAUCAUUUUGUUUCUAUGAAAGAUGAUAUUAUUUACACUGUACUAUACCUGAGAUUUGAAACUGGCUUUGAAGUAGCCACUUGGAUAUGAAAAUACAUGGUGAUGUUUGAAGUAGAACCGAAGACAUUCAUGCAUCCUUUAAAAUGCCCAAUUUAUGUUUUAUCCAGAUGUAACUGUAUCCUUGUGUUUACAUAAUUUGUUUUCUCUUUCUUUCGUACUAAUUCAACUGAUCAAAUAUUGCUUACUUUUAAAUUGAUCAAUCCAAUCAAAAUCGUCAGAUAACGACGGCUAUUGGAAUGUUAAAAGUAUUAAUUUCGCAUCAUAAAGUAUGCUUUCAAUAUGCCAUUUUCGAUAAAAUGCCCAAAUUUUUAUGACAACGUGAUGUAUGUAAACAAUCGGAGCCAACCCAGCCCUCGGGGAAGAAGUCUUGACUAUUGAAUCAUUGUAUAGUAUCAACAGUCCAGAUGCGUUCCCUUCAAUGUAGCUAUAUUCCGCUCCAAUUUUCAUGAAUCGCCUGGACCUAGUAAUGGACCUUUCAAACGGCCACAGCUCUCUACUGGCUACGUUUG